AUGUUCAGACCAAAAUCUACAUGGCCUCUGCCGCUGGAAAACCUAGCAAGCAGCUCAUCUCAACUUGUCUGCCGUGUUAACAAAAGGAUGACGUUGCUUGAAGUGAAGGGUAAUGAUCCUGCAGACAUUCCAAUCAUCCGUGAGACUGGGAGGAUUACGGUUACGGGAUAUGACACUGGGCUUGCUCAUGAUGGUGUUGUGAGGACGUUGAGAAAACAUUUCUCUUCGUGUGGAGAGAUCAUUGAUGUUUAUAUUCGCCAACUCAGUAGUAACAAGCUCGGCAGAUGUGCUUUUAUCUAUUUUGUGGGAAAGUCUGCAGUAGACAAGGCGUUGCAACUUAAUGGAAGUGACUUGGGAGGAUGGAAGCCUCAGGUUGAGCCUCUUCCGGUUCCCGAGUUUGCAAGCCGUCUUCCUGUCAUACGUGUUAGAGGAUUUGACACUUCCCUUGAUAUUGAGGAUAUCAAGAACUCAUUGAGUGAACAUUUCUCGUCAUGUGGAAGGGUCAGAAAAGUCAUGGUUCUCGAGAGCACCGAUGCAGCUUUGGUGUAUCUUGAGGGAGAAAAUGCAGCACAGAAGGCCCUGGAACUCGGUGUGAGCUCCAUACAAGGACGCAAAGUUGUUGCUAAGAUUAUUACUACACCGGCUAACCCCACUGUCCACAGGCGUCGUAUUUAUGGCGCUCGUCAUCUCGUAGGUAGGGACGCUGCGAUGACUGCCGAGUAG